ACUAUUCUUCCUUAACCCCCUCUCCUCCUCCCCGUCUGCUGUCUUCAUCCCCCUUUCGCUUUCCCUUCUCCGGCCCGAAGAUCCGGCCAACGCCAACGCGGCAGCCAUGCGCCCGCUUAUCCGAACCGCCUGCCUCCGCGCUCGUGUCCGCGCCAUGGCCACGCUUCCCACGCCCGCCGCCGCCGCCGCCUUCUCGUCCACCCGCACCCCUUCUUCCCCUUGCGCCUCUCAGAGCGCUCGUCGCCUCCUCCUUGCCGCUCGCUUCCUCCACUCCGGGCCGCCGCCGGCCGGGGCGAGGGCCCUCCGGACGUCCGCCGCGGCGGCGGCAGCGGCCCCUGUACAAGUGGGCGGCGUCAAGAUCGCGCGGGAAGAUGUUGUGAAGGAUGAUGACCCGACGAACAAUGUGCCGGACACGAUUUUUUCCAAGAUUGGUCUCCAGCUGCACAGGAGGGACAACCAUCCUCUAGGAAUUCUGAAGAAUAGUAUAUAUGAUUACUUCGACAAAAGUUUCCCUGGGCAGUUUGUCAAAUUCGAUGACCUUUGCCCUCUUGUUUCUGUCAAGCAGAAUUUUGAUGAUGUUUUGGUCCCAGCUGACCAUGUAAGCCGGAGUUACAAUGACACAUAUUAUGUUGAUGCUGAAACAGUCUUGAGGUGUCAUACUAGCGCUCAUCAAGCAGAGCUGCUAAGAGAAGGACAUACACACUUUCUUGUGAUUGGAGAUGUUUAUCGUAGGGAUUCUAUUGAUUCAACUCACUACCCUGUCUUCCAUCAGAUGGAAGGCUUUCGUGUCUUCUCUCCAGCCGACUGGUCAGAUUCCGGCAUGGACGGGACAGCGUAUGCAGCUACAGAUCUGAAGAAAACACUGGAAGGCUUGGCAAGGCACUUAUUUGGUGCGGUGGAGAUGCGAUGGGUUGAUACUUACUUCCCAUUCACUAACCCAUCCUUUGAACUCGAAAUAUAUUUUCAGGGUGACUGGUUGGAAGUUUUGGGAUGUGGAGUCACCGAGCAGGAAAUUUUGAAAAGCAAUGGUAGGACAGAUCAUGUUGCAUGGGCAUUUGGACUAGGCUUGGAGCGCCUAGCAAUGGUUCUCUUUGAAAUUCCAGAUAUUCGACUUUUCUGGUCAGAUGAUCAGCGGUUCACAUCCCAGUUCUCUAAAGGCAAACUUGGAAUCAAGUUCAAGCCAUUCUCGAAGUUUCCACCUUGUUACAAGGAUGUGAGUUUCUGGAUAAAUGAUGAAUUUACAGAAAACAAUCUAUGUGAGGUUGUCAGGGGAAUUGCUGGAGAUCUUGUAGAGGAGGUAAAACUAAUCGAUAAUUUCACAAAUAAGAAAGGCAUGACUAGUCAUUGCUACAGGAUAGCCUAUAGGUCAAUGGAACGUUCGCUUACAGACGAGGAGAUUAACGACAUGCAGUGGAACGUCAGAGAAGAGGUUAAAAAUAAAUUGAAAGUUGAGCUGAGAUAAAACAGAGCUAGCCCACAUGUUCAACCAGGAACUAAUUUUUGCCUGUCUUUGUAUGUGUAAAUUCAUUGGUAAAUGGUAAACAUAUUGAUCUAUGGAAAAAGUGGGGUCAUUUUGUUCUUGUGUUGACCCACGUCUUCUUUGAUAAUCUGACAGAUUGUUCAUUGCCCCCCAGUAUGGAGUCAAAAUAUUUUCUACCA